AUGAAAGUUUGUAUUGUAGUAGUCUUAGCCUUCACGGUAGCCUUGGCUGACCUGGACAAUCUUUUUGACCACAACAAGUUGGAAGAUUGGUUCAAGAACAACAAGAUUGCUGAUUUCGUCAACAAAUUGGAUAAUGUCACUGAUGAAACCAGGAAGACUCUUCAUUUGACUCCAAAUUUGUACAAGAAGGUCGCUGGCAAUGAUGAGGAAAAGAAACACUUCCAUGACUUCUUUGACUUCAUUGCUAAGUAUGUACUUUUGUCUUUAAAAAGUUGUUUUAGCUUUAUUUUUUUAGGCUCAAAAUUUAUUUUUUACCUGAAAUUUCAUUUUUAAACCUAAAAUUUACUUUCAAACCUAACAUUCAUUUUCAAGCCUAAGAUUUGACUUUUUAAGCCUAAAAUUCAUUUUUAAGCUUAAAAUUUAGUUUUACAGCCUAAAAUUCAUUUUUUGGGCUUAAAAUUCAUUUUUAAACCUAAAACUUAUUUUUAAGCCAAAAAUUUAUUUUUAAGCCUAGAAUUCAUUUUUAAGCCUAAAAUUCAUGUUUAAGACUAAAAUUCAUUUUUAAGCCUAAAUUCCAUUGUUUUCCUCAAAUUUCAAAUUUAGGCACAACAAGUCCUACGAAUCCGAAACCGACCUAUCAGAACGUUUUGAAAAGUUCAAAAAGUCCGCGGAACGUAUAGCCAAGCACCAAAAAGAGAACCCAGAAGCCGAGUUUGGCCACACCCAAUUCUCCGACUUGUCUCCGGAAGAAUUCAUUGCCAAACAUACUGGAUUAUCGACCAAAGACCUGAAAAAGAAGCCGAAGAACGCCCGCUCCAAACGUGCUUCAAUCCCAAGCGCCUGGGAUUGGCGUAGCCACAACGGUGUUACGGCGAUCAGAAACCAAGGUCAAUGUGGAUGUUGUUAUGCUUUUGCCGCUACAUCCGCCAUUGAGAGUCAGAUGAAGAUUCAGAAAAACGAAACCUACAACCUGAGUCAACAACAAGCUGUAUCGUGCACGUAUAAUGUCGCCAAGUACGGUGAUAACAAUGGAUGCUCCGGUGGCCAAUCAUCCGGUGUGUUCCAGCUGGCUAUUGACAGUGGAUUGGGCAAGCAAGCUGACUUUACCUACACAUCUGGCUCAACUUUGAAAGUACCAGCAUGUAAGAGUAUCACUACAGCGGUUAAAGUGUCGAGCUGGGAACAACUGCCUUCAGAUGAUGAGGAGACAAUGGCUGAAACUGUUUACAACCAGGGCCCUAUUGUUAUUUGUAAGUUUAGAAAAGUGAAGCCUAAACUUCAUUUUUAAGCCUAAGAUUUAUUUUUAAGCCUCAGAUCCAUUUUUAAGCCUAAUGUUCAUUUUUAAGCUUGAGAUUCAUUUUUAAGCAUAAGAUUCAUUUUUAAGCCUAAGAUAAUUUUUUAAGUCUAAAAUUGAAUCUUUCAGACAUCGACGCGGACCAGAUGAUGAACUACAAGAACGGCAUCAUGAACCCCACUGCACCUUCCGGAGGUUGGUCUAUUAACCAUGCCGUUUUGCUUGUUGGUUACGGCGUACAAAACUCAACUUCAACACCAUACUGGAUCAUUCAAAACUCAUGGGGUACGAGCUGGGGUUUGAAAGGAUUUGUUUUGGUCAAGAGAGGAGUUAAUAGCAUGGACUUGGCUCAAUAUGUCUACAGCGUCAAGUAA